CUCCCCCGCAGCCGUCGCGGCCUCGCCGGCCCAGUUCUCGGCGGCAAGAUGAAGAUCGAGGAGGUGAAGAGCACCACGAAGACUCAGCGCAUCGCCUCGCACAGCCACGUGAAGGGGCUGGGGCUGGACGAGAGCGGCCUGGCCAAGCAGGCGGCCUCCGGGCUGGUGGGGCAGGAGAACGCCCGCGAGGCAUGUGGUGUAAUAGUAGAAUUAAUCAAAAGCAAGAAAAUGGCCGGGAGAGCUGUUUUGUUGGCAGGACCUCCUGGAACUGGCAAGACAGCCCUAGCCCUGGCUAUUGCUCAAGAGCUGGGUAGUAAGGUCCCCUUCUGUCCCAUGGUGGGAAGUGAAGUCUACUCUACAGAAAUUAAGAAGACAGAAGUUCUGAUGGAAAACUUCAGAAGGGCAAUUGGUCUGAGGAUAAAGGAGACCAAGGAAGUUUACGAAGGUGAAGUCACUGAGUUGACUCCAUGUGAGACUGAAAACCCCAUGGGUGGAUAUGGCAAAACCAUCAGCCAUGUGAUCAUAGGACUUAAAACAGCAAAAGGAACCAAACAGUUGAAACUGGACCCCAGUAUCUUUGAAAGUUUACAGAAAGAGCGAGUGGAGGCUGGAGAUGUAAUAUACAUAGAAGCAAACAGUGGUGCAGUGAAGAGGCAAGGCAGGUGUGAUACCUAUGCUACUGAAUUCGACCUUGAAGCCGAAGAGUAUGUUCCUUUGCCAAAGGGUGAUGUGCACAAAAAGAAGGAAAUUAUUCAGGAUGUGACCCUCCAUGACUUGGAUGUUGCCAAUGCUAGGCCACAGGGUGGGCAGGACAUCCUUUCCAUGAUGGGCCAGUUAAUGAAGCCAAAGAAGACGGAAAUUACAGAUAAGCUUCGAGGGGAGAUUAACAAGGUGGUCAACAAGUACAUUGACCAAGGCAUAGCGGAGUUGGUUCCUGGCGUGCUGUUUGUGGAUGAGGUACACAUGUUGGACAUUGAAUGCUUCACCUAUCUGCACCGCGCCUUGGAGUCUUCCAUCGCCCCCAUCGUCAUCUUCGCUUCCAACCGGGGCAACUGUGUCAUCAGAGGUACCGAGGAUGUGAUCUCUCCUCAUGGAAUUCCCCUUGACCUUCUGGACCGAGUGAUGAUCAUCCGCACCAUGCUGUACACCCCACAAGAAAUGAAACAGAUAAUAAAAAUCAGAGCCCAGACAGAAGGGAUUAACAUCAGCGAGGAAGCAUUGAACCACCUGGGAGAAAUCGGUACCAAGACGACAUUAAGAUACUCAGUGCAGCUCCUGACCCCAGCCAACCUGCUGGCCAAGAUCAAUGGGAAAGACAGUAUUGAGAAGGAACAUGUCGAAGAAAUUAAUGAACUCUUCUAUGAUGCCAAGUCUUCAGCCAAAAUCCUAGCUGAUCAACAGGAUAAAUAUAUGAAGUAAAAUGAUGGUUGCAUCUUAACCCUUUGGAUUUGAAAUGGAAAGACACCAAGAAUGUGCCCUGGCCUGCUGAAACAGUAAAGACAUGAGGAUGGAUAUUUCUGAAGCAGAGAAACCUCUGCCCUUAAUGUCUGUGUUCACUUAGCUAUAUUAUCAGUUUUGUGUGGAACGAUUAAUUUAAAAUUAUCCUAUCUUCUCCCAUAGUUGCAGUGUUUCAUCCUUUACCUGGAAUAUCUUCUAAUAAAUCUUUUGAGUUUA